CCUGCAGGAGAAAUCUCUUCCACAGCCCCUACUCUGACCACAGCAACAUGGCUUUGAGGCUUUGCUGUGCCUGGAUUCCCAUCCUCCUCCUCCUGCCCGGCCUCUCGGCUGGAGGGAAGCUCCUGGUGGUGCCCAUGGUGGGAAGCCACUGGCUGAGCAUGAAAGAGGUGGUGGAGGAGCUGAGCCAGAGAGGCCAUGAAGUGGUGGUGCUGGCUCCUGAGGUGCGGUGGCAGAUGGAGAUGACACAGAACUACAAGGUGGUCACACAUCCAGUGACGCAGACCCUGGAGGAGCUGGAUAAUGCCUUCCGGGAAUUUGUCACCGUGCUCCUGACGGACAAGCCUUUCCCCCUCAAUGCCAUACAGGCAUACCAGGUCUCAGUGGAGUUUUUCAGCACCUUCUUUGGGCAGUGCAAGGACUUGUUCCACAGCCAGGAGACCCUGAGGUUCCUCAACCAAAGCGGCUUUGAUGCCAUCCUGACGGAUCCAUUCUUUAUGUGUGGGGCCAUCCUCGCCCACCAUCUCUCCCUUCCUGUUGUGUUCUUCAUGAGGGGAUUGCCUUGCAACCUGCACUUUUCAGCCCCACAGAGCCCAAGCCCUCUGUCCUACAUCCCUAGAACCUUCAGCUUCAAUUCGGACCACAUGACUUUUUUCCAGCGAGUGGAGAACGCCCUGAUUUCCCUCCUGGAACUUGACUAUUGUAAUGGUCUCUAUGGAGAAGCACUUAAGCUUUCCUCAGAAGUUCUGCAGAGGGAUGUGUCCCUCACGGAUCUCCUGAACUCUGCUGCCGUUUCGAUCAUGAGGUUUGACUUUGUGUUCGAGUACCCCAGGCCAGUGAUGCCCAACAUGGUCUUUAUUGGGGGUGUCAACUGUGCUAAGGAGAAACCACUGCCUAAGGCUUAUGAAGAGCCCUCUAAACCUGAUAAACAAGGCAAAGAAUAA